AUGACAAAGAAAAGGAGGAACUAUGGUUGUGUGAAAAAGGGCCACGGCUACGUGCAGCCUAUUAGCUGCACAAACUAUGCUCACUGCAUGUCCAAAGACAAGGCAAUUAAGAAGUUUGUAAUUAGAAAUAUAGUAGAGGCCGCAGCAGUCAGGGACAUUUCCGAAGCCAGUGUCUUCGACGUAUACGUGCUUCCCAAGCUCUAUAUGAAACUGCAUUAUUGUGUGAGUUGUGCCACUCAUAGCAAGGUGGUCAGAAACCGUUCUCAUGAAGCCCGAAAGGACAGAACACCUCCACCCCAACUUAGACCGGCAAGUGCUGUCCCACAGCCUCCACCAAAGCCUGUGUAA